GGAGUGGUGCAUUUCACAGCUAGAGGCAAAUCCUUGCCUCAACCCUACCUCAAAACAAGCAGAGGAGACACAGCACAUCCUCAAGGUCCUGGGCUCCCCUGAGAUGCCUUUGGGGAAGAAGCAACAAGUACUGAAUCAUGUGUUGGAAGAUUAUCAUCUCAAGAGGGCUGAGGAGCAAGAGAGCAUGGAGAAUGCAGAUGUGAAACCUAGUGAUGUGGAAGGGCAGCAAAGCAUUGGACAGGCUUCAGGUGGAGCAGUGUGUGGGAAACAGUCUGAGCAAAGCUCUGAAGCAAAGCCAGAUGGGUUCACAUCCUCUGACCGUGGCUUCCAGUCUGAUUUUGCACCUUCUGAGACUGACCCAGAAGCAACUGGCACACCUUUGGAAGCAGUCCCUGGUGUCACUGAUGCUGAGCAGAUACAAAACAACUCCACUGAGCAGGAGAACUGGAAUGGAGCUGUGAGUUCUGCUGCCUCUGGACAAGAACCUAAGUUUGCUUCCAACUUUGCUAUCCCAGAUGGAGACUGUCCUCUGGUCCAGUCAGUUGCAGCAAGCCAGCAUACAGAGCAGGCUGCAGAUGUUGGAUUGCUGGAUAAUUCACCACAAAUUUCAGCCUUGCAGAAGUCUGAGUUGACUCAAAGUACAGGUAGCACACUGGAUGGAAACCACAUCACAUUGAAGAUCCCCCAGCCACAGACAGCUCCUGGACAUGAAGUGGUGACAGAGAAGUCGACAGCAGAUGGAGCUGCCCAGAAGAAGAAAAAGAAGAAACAAAAAACAUCUGUCAGUAAAAAGGAGACAGAAAAAACUGAGACCAACAAGAAGGCAAAAGCAGAAGCUAAGAGGUGUCAAAAGAAAGAGACUUCCCAGCAGGCUGAGUCGUCUCAGCAGCUGGAUGAGCAGCUGUGGAAAGAGGUGGACUGGUGUGUGGAACAGCUGGAACUUGGCCUGAAGACCCAGAAAUCAACUCCAAGGCAGGCUGCAGAGGCUGUCCAGGCCAUCAGGACACUGCGCAGUGACAAGGCUCCACUGGUGAAGAAGCGUCAGCUCAUGAGAGCCAUCUUUGGAGACUACAGGAAGAAGAUGGAGGAGGAGUGGUGCAGGGAGCUGAAGCUCAUGGAAGCAGGGGACGGAAGUGGCACCCUGUGGAGCCAGAGCCACGGCACGAUUGCCGCCAGCAAUGCUAUCUCCUUUCCAAGGACCAGCUUUCCUGUGCAGAUGAUCCCACGAUCCAGGCUGACGCUCCGGCAGCCCCGCACACUCUCCCGCAGCCGCAGCUGGUCCCCGCACAGCGCCAUCGCCAGCCCCACCGCCAGCUUCCCCUCCCAGCCGCCACCGCGGCCGGAAACAGGCCUGGAGUCGCUUCUCAUUGGGAAGCCCGAGGAGGAGUUAUUGCUCUCUGGUAAGCGGCAGCACCCGGGCCAGGGCGGCAGCCUGGCGUGGACGGCACGGCUGGGAAGGAGCGGCAGUCGCCUGCCACGGUGCCGGGGCUGCAACGCCGCUGUGCAAACCGAGACAGGGGGAAGGAAAAGUGCCUGA